AUGGAAGAAAGAAGAAUGCCAGUGUCAGAUGGAUUGUAUAGGUUGGAGUAUAAAAAUUGCUGGUGUGAAAUAGAGAAAUGUCAGGUGGGCGUAAGAGGGGGAAUAGAGUGGCAACUUGAAAUCACUGGAAAGCAAAGCAUCCAAAAGCUUAUUGAAUCGGGCAAGUAUGAUACUGGAGAGAACUUCACAGUUGUGUUACAGCCUUUCCUUCGGCAUAUGGAAGUCCCAAUUUUAGAUAAUGAACACCCCGAUGUCUCAUACUUUGCCCCUGACUGUUUCCAUUUAAGCAGGAAGUUCCACAUGCAGAUGUCAAGAUCUCUCUGGAAUAACAUGUUGCAGCCUGUGGGCAAAAAAUCUGAUUUUCAAGAUCUUACAGCAAAUAUCUCGCUGAGUUGUCCAACCCAGGAUCAACCCUUUCUUAGAACAUUCAAGAACAGCAACUAUACUUACCAAGGUUCGGACCCAUCUAUCAAACUUCCUGAGAAUUGGGGCAGCAAUCUCUUCUGUUCAGAAAACUUAACAUCCGAAACUAUUCCGACUUCAGUCCACAGGCUUCGACCUGCUGACAUUAAUGUUGUUGCAGCAAUGGGAGACUCUUUAACUGUAAGUAUCAAUUUUGCAAAUGAUGCAUAG